AUAAUUCGACGGAUUUUUCUCCGUUAUUCGACGUCCUGGUCGCUUCUUCACGGAUACGCCGUCAUUUUGUUUAAUCGUGUACAAAUGUCAUUUCGGUUCCUGAAAGUAGCGGUUUGUCCGUGUUUUCCCGCCGCCCCGUCCGCUCGCAGGGAGCAGUGGGGAAAACAAACAGGUCGAACCGAGGAAGAUUGGUAGCCGGUUGGAUGUGGAGGUUGUUUAGCGGCGAAUGAAUCGCUUUCGUGUUGUCGGCUUUUGUUGAGUGCUAAUUCAAAGUUCACCUUCAGUUCUCGGUGCUUUUGAGUUGGGACGCUGUUUGGAGUAUUCGCUUUCCGAGUAUGUUGCCGCUUUCUAACAUUUUACCAGGGCUGUUGGGGCGCGUAGUCUACCCGCUGCGGUUUUGUGUUUUUCUCGGCGUUUUUUACCGGUUAUAAUUCGACGGUUAAUGAUUUAAAUUCACCGGUUCGCCGGCUGUGAAUUCAGUGAGACACUUUUCGACAUGCAUACGAGGCGUUUGGUGAAGCGGUCGAUCCUCGGCAGCCGUGUUUAUGCGCCGAGUCCGACGGGGGACGGUGCCCCGGUGACAGGAGUGGUCCAGGCUGUCAAGCAGGAAAACAGAGACGUUUCGGCCGCUGGAGCCCGGCGCAGCGUUUACACCGUGCUCAUGCAAGACGGCAGCCUCAAGGAGUUCUCCGAGGAGGAAAUAGCCGCGGGGUUCAACCACACUGCAGCCAAAGGACCGCUCAAGUCCAGCUUGAAGCAGAGCUCCAGUAACGGAGCUUCAGAGAGCCAUAAAGUGGAAGGCGGCUCCCUCAGCCCAGAGGCAGUGGAGGAGCAGCGGGUGGCGGACGGCAAGCGUGUUGGCCGGGACCCCGACACCCGAUCAGUGUCCCUGCUCGAGCAGAAACGCAAAGUGGUCUCCUCCAGCAUCGAUGUCCCUCAUGCCAGGAGGUCAGAGGAGGAAGUGGACAUGGACAAGGUGACGGCUGCCAUGGUGCUGACAAGUCUCUCCACCAGCCCGCUGGUGCGGAGUCCGCCUGUCAAAGUUAAUGAAGGCCUGAGUGGUUCAUGGAAAGACAACGGCUCAGCUGGCCCCUUCACCCCAUCUAGCAACAGCUCUUCAGGGGGCUACUGGAGCUGGUCUGCCCCCAGCGACCAGUCCAACCCUUCUACACCUUCUCCACCGCUCUCCGCCGACAGCUUCAAGCCCUUCCGUGUGCCCAGUCUGGGCGGUGUGGGACCCGGCCCUGCAGGGCCCGAAGACCUCAGCCUGGAUGAUCAGGAUGGCAGCAGUCUGCUAUUCGAUGAGCCCAUCCCUCGCAAGCGCAAGAACUCCAUGAAGGUGAUGUUCAAGUGCCUGUGGAAGAACUGUGGCAAGGUGCUGAGUACAGCCGCUGGCAUCCAGAGACACAUCCGCACCAUCCACCUUGGGCGUAACUGUGACUCGGACUGUAGUGACGGCGAGGAAGACUUCUACUACACGGAGAUCAAGCUCAAUACGGACUCUGUGGCCGACGGGCUGAGCAGCCUGUCCCCGGUGUCCCCAUCCGUCCUCUCUCCCCCUCCCCCUCCCCCGUCUCCUCUCCCGUCUCUCGGCCAGCUGUCGGACUCCCACAGACCUCCACAGUCCUCUGACACCAAGGAGCCUCACGCUGGUGGAACCACCCCACUCAGCCGAUCUGCGCCCAGCGCACUCUACCUCAUCCACACGGACCAUGCCUACCAGGCCACGGCUCCAGUGUCCAUCCCAUCCAGCAGCAGUAACUCAGCCUCCACCAGCUUCACUCCCACCAACAGCUCCAGCUUUAGCAUCUCCUGGCAGUCUCCGCCCGUCACUUUUACUGGGACCACGGUGUCCCCCAGUAAAAGCCAGGGCUUCGGCGAGCAGCGCUCCCAGACCAUCGCCGUCCUCUCGUCCCCUCCCAGAGCCACCACUGCCCUCAGUCGGAAGGUGCGCGGCGAAGGGAAAAAGUGCCGUAAGGUGUACGGGAUGGAGAACCGCGACAUGUGGUGCACCGCCUGUCGCUGGAAGAAGGCCUGCCAGAGAUUCACCGACUGAGCGUUCCCCGUCAACUUCAUAGUCCGCUACACCAACGGGCACUGCUGCCUUUCGCCAGAGAGAGGGGGGAGGGGCAUCAUUUUGCAUGCAUUUGGUUUUCUUCAGCUCUGAAAAAUCGCAACUGUCCGUCAAGCUCUGGUUCCGCCCCUGUCGUCACCCCCCUCAGCUCCACUGAAGGAACUGUGGAAGGAACCAAAGGACAGCGGAGUCAACUUUUACAAUGCCGUCCAGGAUUCCCAGUACUGCCUCGCCAUUCCCACCAUUCCCAGUUUAUGGGAAACCCCAGUGCAGCUAAACAGUGUAAAGAAAAAAUAGGUCUAAAGAUUUCUCCCGUUUUUUAUGUUGGGUUCAGUGUUGCAUCUUUCUAUGUUUUGUAAAGCUCUGGUUUUUAAUGGAAAGUCUAGUCAAAGAAGGGGUCCAGAAAAAAAAGGCCAAAGGCUUUUUUGUGUGUUUUGUCAAAAGAAAAAAGAAUCUUCACUUUUUUAUCCAAAAGAAGAAUGGGCCUCUUUGCUGCAGUUUUUGAAGGACCUUAUGAGAAAUCAUGGAGGUAAAGCUCGCAGUUUUUUGUUCUUCCUUCAACUUCUCUUGUUUUUUUUUCUGGACUUUUUGAGGUGAUCUUUUAUCACCAACACCACAGCCUCUCACCUGUUCUUCACUCCUGACAGCCCCGGGGGAAUGUACGGCAGAGCCGGAAACCACAGGUUCACAUGUAGAGAAAGACACACAAGGUGAAUGAUCAAUGCAAAAAAAAAAAAAGAAGAUACAUUUUACAGUCAGGGAAAGCAGAUGGACCAUGCAAGUGAUUUACCACAUGGAAAGUGCAACAGCAUUCACACAAACACAAACACAGGUAUUCCCACACAAUCAACAGAAGACGGAAACUGUUUUUUAUCCAGUUGGUUCAUUUUCUUUGUUUUAUCAGGGAUGUGAUUCUAAAGAAAGCAAAAACCAGCAGCUAAAACCUGGGUAUAUAUUCUGCAUACAGCACAGCUUCUCUCAUUUAUUACACACGGCAACUUUACAACCAAAAACUCCUUUAUCUAAUUCUUUAUCUUUUUGGUUUUUGUUAACCAUGUUUACUGUUGUUGAUGUAGAUGUUUUUUCUCUCUCUUUUGGUGAAACAAAGACUGUUUACCUACCACCUGCUAAAGAAAGUGUGUUGAAAGACCAUCCUGACAGCACUGGAAGCCUGAAGUCAGCAGCGUGCAAGGCCAUAAAAAAUAAACAUCUUUCACCACAUACAGAGAGACAGAUUGCCCUCCUCCUCAACCAACAUUCACACCUUCCCAAAGGGAACAAAAUAUCUUUGUGUUUACGUAUCUUGAUGAUCGGUUUCCCAAAGGAGGAGGGCUGAAAACCAAAAGUGAGGCACUUGCACUGUAUGUGUGUAACAGAGCACUUGUGUGGUUACUUCUAUUGAGUUGAGACGUUCAUAUCUUCCAAAAGCUCAAUUGAUUUCUAAAAUAACUGAUUAUAAAAGAAAGUAAGAGGACGUAAAAAAAAGACAUAUACAUACAUUUUAAUUGAGGGGGGGGCUUUCAAUAAAGUACUUUAAGGACCAGUGUGAAGGAUUUAGAGGUAUCUAUUGGCAGAAAUGGAAAAUAAUAUUCAUAACUAUGUUUUCUUUACUGUAUAAUCACAUGAAGAAUCAUUGUCGUGGUUUUAUGGAAAUGGACUUUUCCAUGAUAUUCUAAUGUAUUGAGAUGGACCUGUAGAUGCCACUAAAUCCUACACACCGCUCCUUUAACUGGUCAUAAAUAGAUGUAAUGGAAACAAAAAUUGCAAAUAUUUGAUCACCCGGAGAUUGCUUCCCAUUUUUUGCUCCUAGAGUUUUUGGAGAAGGGAAGAAUAAGUUCCAAGCACUUGAUUAGGGCACUCCUUUGUUCUUUAAUGUGCACUGCACACUUUAGUCACUUGGGAACAUGCAAGCAAAGCUGCGACUUGAGCUUUCAUAAGAGUCCUUGUGGUCAUGUGUUACUGACGAGGUAAAAAGAGGUCAAGAGUGGGAUUAGUUAAAAGAAAAAAAAUCUGAUUUGUUGUUAUUUGAAUGUGUUCAUUUGAAUUCCAGCCUCUUUGUUUGCUCAAAGGCAGGAAACAGCAUCAAAAGGCCAAAUAGUUUACAGAUGUUCGCUCUGUAGUGAUAAAUGGACCAACUCUUUUGUCACCCGGGGAUGCGUUCUACUUCAUUGCAAUGUUCUGAAAUUGAUAGAAAUGUCCUGCAAAUGUUUCUACCAACAGCAUUUACUCUUUGUUAUAUGAAAUUUGCUUGAACGCAUUGGCAUUUCACACAGAAUCCUUUUACCCCAGAGUUAUUCAAAACCAACACCAGCUAAUAAACUCACACGCUCGCCCAUUUAAUAUACAGAACUCUGCACCUGAAAAUCCUAGCUCUGUUAUGUUUGAUCAGCUGUUUUUUAUUUUGUCUGUUUUUUUGUCUGUCAUGUAUAUAUGUAGUAUUUUCUCAACGCUCCAUGUUCAUGACCAGUUACCUCGGUCAUCACGUCUGCCACCUUAUGUACAAGACAGGUUCAAGUAGGACGUUGUGAGAGGAAAUAAUGUACCGUUCAACCUGUCAGGCUACUUUUGUUUUGAAUAUAGGGAUAGCCUUAAAGUCACUCUUUGAAAAAUCAUUGUGCUUCUUCUAUGUCAUUACAUUGAUGUUUCAGUAAGAAAUAUUUAGAUUAUCUUCAAACUGAUUUGCCAUUGUAUUAUGUGAACGUAUUAUUGUUUAAGAAAAGACAAAUCUAUAUAUACGUAAAGAAAAAACAUGUUUAAAUUCAAAGCAAAAAAAUACAUUGAUUUGGUUGUUUUGUUUUUUUCAUAUAUAUAUAUAUGUAUAUAUAUAUGAAUAUAUACUGUUUAUGAAUUUUGUUUUCAUGUUCUGCUGAAGGAAGUUUUUGUGGCUAACUGUAGGAGGAAGCCCGGGCAUAAUUCUAACUACAAGCCAAGCUUGUUAUGAUCUUUUCAGUGAGUGUGACCCGCACGCUCCCGCCUGGAGCUCCUUCACGUCACGCUCCCCGCUGCCAGCACUGCUAAGCAGUCGAAAUCCAUAGUUGAUUAAAACCUUUAUCUUAUUUCCAAUUCUACUCUCCCGGUGGCGCGCAGGCCCACUUGCAAUUAGUUUGAUUGACAUGUCGGUGUGUUUGCGCUCCUGUGCGUGCUUGUGAAGGAGCCCCAGGCAAAGUGCGGGCUGCCACUGAGGCAUGGUGCUCUGCGUUACUCGCGCUCCUUCUAAGGAGUUUACACACCUUCUAUCAAAUGGCCUGUGGCGUUUCCCUGUCAGCCUCCUGACAAACCAACACUUUGGGUUCAAGGAUGAUUUUGUUGGUCAGUGGCUCAAUGUGUCAUUUUUUUAAACUUCAUGCACUUCCCACUGCCCUUCCUCCAUCAUUGUGGUGCUUCAUAUUUGUGUUUGGACCGUCUCCUCCAUUGGUGUGUGGAAAAAUCUGAUUCCAGUCAGAUUCUGUCCAGGAACAAAUCCCUACAGUAGUUCAGAUCAUUCAGAGGUUCUGGUAAAACUGGAUAUUUUAAGUGGCAUCAUCUCCAGGCAGCUAAUUUAAAAAAGAAGCUUGAUGCUGAUUCUACAUCUGCGUUGUGUUGACCAAGUGGCUAGUAAUAAGAUUUGGCCAAAAUAAGCUAAUCUCACACCCUUCUUUUUAGGGCGAAUCCUGAAAAGGAUAGUUGCUGCCAUGUUUCUCAAACCUCUCCAUCUCCUCGGUGAGGAACUCUGGGAUUUGUUUGUGGACUGCGGCCUGGCCUGCAUUGUUGUACUGAGAACACCUUCGCUGCCAAUGGCACAAAGACGGCCUUGGCAGCGAGACACUGGGCCCAGGUCUGUCCGUGCACACUGUGCAUACUGGUGCUGUAGCCUUGGCGGGGGAGAAAUGGAGGUGCUAUAUUCCCAUGCGGUGCUGUUUCUCCCAUGUUGAUCAUAUUAACUCCAUUUUGUACACAAUGUUAUGCUGUAGAACAUGAAAAUAAAAACACCCUGCCUCAAGCCUA